CAUACACCCGUCAUUAGCACAACCACAGCCCCUCGUGAAACAAGCCGCUUGUACUCCCGCACACGUAAAUCCUUACCUGCACCAAGAUGUCUUCCCUCGCCUACUUCGUGGACGAUGUCUCCAACGGCCUCAAGACCUUCGGCUCGGACAUGAGCACCUUCUUCGGGGACUUCGACCUCUCCACCAUCGCUGUCAUCGCCUUGGUGCUCCUGCUGGCCGUCUUGGCCUACGACGUGUUUAUGUACGUCCUCUUCUUCAGCAACACCGGCAGGUCCUACAACUCGCUCACGACCUUCCUGGCGUCGAAGGCCUGGGAUUACAGGAACGAGGUGGACAUCAACCCAGAAGACUACAUAAGUGCAAGGUCUCUUGCUGUGAUCAACCCCGUCAUCUACGCCAUCCAAUCAGCUAUUGAGAAAUAUGAAUAGUGAUUGGACUAACGGCCAUUCAUGACGUCAUCAUUUUGUAUGACGUCUGACCAAUGAGAAGAGACCUCGGCUCGCUUUUAUUGAGAAGAUCUGGCGACAGAAGACCAAUCAUCUGUGAGAGAGGUUUACGGAAUGGACCAAUCACGAGCGAGGCAGGAUUAAGAGCCAAUCACUUUGCUCGAUUGCCGGCGUCGACAAAGGGAUUUAGCCACGAUGCUCCUUACUCGCGAAGAUAGAAAAACAAACAAGAUAUAGAGAGCGUCCCCAUAUUUACCUUUCUUCCAUUUUUUAAAACUCAUCUUUCCUUCUUCACCGAUGACGUUCCCCAAGACAUACUGGCGAUUAUUCUCUUCCUCUCCCCUUACUUACUUCCCUCUCCCUAAGAGCUAUCUAAGAUUCCUUCCAGACUUUGGAGGAUCUUUUAAGACAGAUGACUUCUUUCUGAGACAACGAGAGACGUCGCAUCGGUGAUUUUUGUUUUUCCUUUAUUAAUCACGCACGACAGACUGACUUCUUCAGGUCACACGGUACGAGUAUUGUCUGUGUGACCUUUACGGCAGGGAUGACCUUUGACCUUUCGGGUUGGCAAUGAGACCCUUAGACUGUAUAUAUGUUUAUUUAUUUUCUACGUUGAAUAUCCAUUCCUUUCUUGGACUUCCAAAACACUUCUUUUGACAUCUGACGCAUAUAUAUAUGAUGUUGACAUAUGUGCGACGCUUUUGCUCAAAUGACCAAGUCAAUCUCAAAACGUACCUGACACACAAACGCAUUACUACUUAAGACUUAUUGUUUUAAGACGAUUCAAGAAGGAUGAAAAUACCCAAGAAAAUACUUGAAAACUGAACCUUCCAGCUUCCUUGCUGGUCGAGGAUGCUGGUGAGGUGAGACGAUUAACGAGUGACUUAAGAGAGAAAAAGUUGGCAGAAAAG